UGCAAUGCCCAACAUCGUGCUGUUUAGCGGGAGCUCCCACCAUGACCUGUCCCAGAAAGUGGCCGACCGCCUCGGGCUCGAUCUGGGCAAAGUGAUCACCAAAAAAUUCAGCAAUCAGGAGACUUGUGUGGAAAUAGGUGAGAGCGUGCGAGGCGAGGAUGUGUACAUCAUACAGAGUGGCUGUGGGGAAAUAAAUGACAACCUCAUGGAGCUCCUGAUCAUGAUCAAUGCAUGCAAGAUCGCUUCAUCAUCACGCGUCACCGCCGUCAUCCCGUGUUUCCCCUACGCCCGGCAGGACAAAAAGGACAAAAGCCGUGCACCGAUUUCUGCUAAACUGGUGGCUAACAUGCUGUCGGUAGCCGGAGCAGACCAUAUAAUCACCAUGGACCUCCAUGCUUCACAGAUCCAGGGGUUUUUCGACAUUGCCGUGGACAACCUGUACGCAGAACCCGCAGUCCUCCAGUGGAUCCGAGAGAACAUUCCUGAAUGGAAAAACUGCAUUAUCGUGUCGCCUGACGCUGGUGGAGCUAAAAGGGUGACCUCCAUCGCCGACCGGCUGAACGUGGAGUUUGCGCUCAUUCACAAAGAGCGCAAGAAAGCUAACGAGGUGGACCGGAUGGUGCUAGUAGGGGAUGUAAAGGACCGAGUGGCCAUCCUGGUGGACGACAUGGCUGACACGUGUGGAACCAUCUGCCACGCUGCUGAUAAGCUGAUCUCCGCCGGUGCUAUAAAGGUCUACGCAAUUCUUACCCAUGGCAUCUUCUCGGGUCCUGCGAUCUCGCGCAUCAACAACGCUCCCUUCGAGGCCGUCGUUGUCACCAACACCAUUCCACAGGAGGAGAAGAUGAAGCAGUGCCCCAAAAUUCAGGUCAUCGACAUCUCCAUGAUCUUAGCCGAGGCCAUCCGGAGAACCCACAACGGCGAAUCCGUCUCGUACCUUUUCAGUCACGUUCCGUUGUAAAAGAGAGAAGAGCAGUUACACCUUUUUCCUCCUCCAUCACCAGUUCCAGUAUCAUACACAUGUGGGAGUCGGUCACGUUCGGUACAUGACAGCAAGCGGCCGUGUCUUGUUUAUCCUGCUCGCAUCACUGUUCCGUUCAUGAAACAAACUUUGGGACGAUUUACAGCUGUUCCACUUUCAUGUUUCCAUUUCACGGUUCUUGUUUCUGCUUAGACCAAAUAUCUGAUGCCGAAUUUUGCUUCCAUUAUGACCCUCAGUGGGAUUUUUGUUUUGGAAAGUACCUUUUUAUUUACCUCGUUUAUUUUGUUCAAAGGUAUGCAUGUGUAUAUAGCUCUCCUACCAGCAGACAUCGCAAUUUUUGCAUUAUAAGAGUAUCUUUUUUUUUUUUUUUUUUCAUGCUGUCUAGGUAUUUAGUUCAGUCCUAAAUGUUCUAGGUUCCCAAGAAUUUUUGUAGCAUGAAUAAAGAUUCAACA